AUGGCCUCAUCCUUAACCAAAUAUUCCAUUUUUCUAGGGGUGUUCUGGAGUACCAUCCUUCUUUCCUUUGCUACAACCCUGUUAGCAGCAGUUUCUUCACUGGAAUCAGAAGCUGUGGCUUUGCUAGAGAGUGGCUGGUGGAGUAGCUAUAGCAACGAUACUUCACAACGUUGCAAGUGGCUCGGUAUUUCAUGCAACAAUGCAGGAAGCAUCACCAAAAUUAACCCAUCUCCUGACGUGAUUCAGGUUGGUGUUAGAUUUGGAAAAUUAAAUUUCUCUUCAUUUCCAAAUCUUGUCCUUCUUGAUCUUAGCGACCGUAAACUUGGUGGAAAUAUCCCGCCUCAGAUAGGUGAUCUAUCCGCAUUGAAGUACCUGAACUUGUCCUAUUGUGGGUUAUCUGGUGAGUUACCUUCUUCCCUAGGAAACCUAACCCAAUUAGAGUUUCUUGACAUUUCCUAUAAUGAUAACAUUAAUGGUUCCAUCCCUCCACAAAUAGGGAAUUUGAAAAACCUUGUUAGUUUAAAUUUGAGUUGGAAUCAGUUUGCUGGUCCAAUCCCUUCUGCUUUGGGUCUAUUAACCUAUCUUAAAUCUCUGGAUCUUCGGAGCAACAAAAUUAAUCGAUCUAUCCCAUCAGAAAUUGAAUAUCUAACAAAUUUGAUUUAUUUGGAUUUCUCUAACAACAUGCUUGUCGGUUCAGUACCUUUUACUCUGUAUCAAUUAACCAAUUUGGCAACUCUGUACCUUGAUAGUAACCAACUUGAGGGCUCCAUACCUCCAAAUGUUGAAAAUUUGAAGAACCUAAGAGUUUUAAGCAUCUAUGAUAAUAGAUUUACUGGUCUUAUUCCUCUAGCUUUAUGUCGUUUGACAAAAUUGGAAGAAGUUUACCUUUUACAAAAUGAAAUCAAUGCUAACAACCUUACUGGGCCAAUCCCUUCUUCUAUUGGUAAUUUAUCAAAAUUGCAGGCGAUGUCCCUUGGUUCAAAUCUUCUAGAAGGUCCUAUACCAAAAGAAAUUGGGAAUUUAAAAUCACUAUAUCUAUUAGACAUCUCUGAAAACAAAGUAAAGGGAUACAUCCCUCCUAAAAUUGGGAGUUGCUUAAAUUUGCAGAGAUUGGACCUAAGCAACAAUAAUUUAGAGGCGUACAUCCCUCCGCUUAUUGGGAGUUGCUCAAAUUUGCAGGAAUUGGACCUAAGCAACAAUAAUUUAGAGGGGUACAUCCCUUAUCAAAUUGGGAGUUGCUUAAAUUUUAAUGGUUGUAAGACUAUCUAUCCCAAUCCAUUUGAAGGCAACAAGGAUUUAUCACCCUACCCCUGUGAUUCACCAACCAUUCAAACCAAGAGCAGUAGAACUCCUUACUUCACAAAAAUAUUCCUACCUAUUGCCAUAUUCUCUACUUUUUCUAUUCUAGGGUGUUUGUUUUUGUGGCCGUUCGAGGCCAAAAAGAACCAAUCUGGUUCACAAACAACAAAAAAUGGGGAUUUGAGCUCAACGUGGAACUUCGAUGGAAGGAUAGCAUAUGCAGACAUUAUUGCAGUAACAGAAAAUUUUGAUUUUCGAUACUGCAUUGGAACAGGCGGUUAUGGAAGUGUUUACAAAGCGCAACUACCUUGUGGUAAAAUAGUUGCUUUGAAAAAACUUCAUCGCCUUGAAGCUGAGGAUCCGGGUUUCGACAAGAGUUUCAGGAAUGAGGCAAAAAUUUUGUCUGAAAUUCGACAUCGAAAUAUUGUGAAACUUCAUGGAUAUUGUCUACACCAGCGAAACAUGUUUCUGAUAUAUGAAUACAUGGAAAAAGGAAGCUUAAGUAAUGAUGAUGAAGCUGUGGAGUUAAAUUGGAUAAAAAGAGUUGAGAUCAUCAAAUCCGUUGCUCAUGCCUUGUCUUACUUGCAUCAUGAUUGCACCUCAAUUGUUCAUCGAGACAUAUCAAGUAACAAUAUUCUACUAAACUCAAGCUUGGAGGCUUUUGUGGCUGAUUUUGGAGCAGCUAGAAUGCUACAUCUUGAUUCAUCUAAUCUGACUGUUCUUACCGGUACAUGUGGCUAUUUAGCCCCUGAACUGACCUACACAAUUGUUGCAACUGAAAAAUGUGAUGUCUAUGGUUUCGGGAUUUUGGCAUUAGAAACAUUAAUGGGAAAGCAUCCUGGAGAACUUUUAUCAUCAUCAUUGUCAUCGCCAUGUUCUUUGCAAAAUAUCAAGCUAAUUAAUGUGUUAGACAGACGACUACCACUUCCAACAAGCCAACUGGUUGCACAAAAUAUUGUUCACGCGGCUACACUGGCAUUUGCUUGUUUACAUACGAAACCAAAGUCCCGACCAAUGAUGGAUGAAGUUUGCAAGGAGUUUCUUUCUUCCCAAACAUCCUUGGAGAUUCCUCUUCGAAUGGUUACUUUAUUGCAACUUGUGAACCAUGAAAUGCAUAGUGGUGGCCAAAGUGGAACUUGUCCCGUCUAA